AAGUGAUAAGAAUUGAAGAAAAAAGAGAGAAACUCUCUAAUCCCCUCCCAAAACUCACACACACACACACAAAAUGAUUUUCACACUACUCCUGUGCCUGGCAAUGGGUGGAAUCAUAAUGCCCAGCACAUCGGGCUACGCCAUCGGACAAUCGAAAUAUGGAAAAAUUGAAAAAUUCCCAUACCAGGUGAUGCUAAUCGGCAAACAAUUGUGGCGCAAACGCAUCCUAUGCGGUGGAACACUGCUCGAUAAACGCUGGAUACUGACUGCCGCCCAUUGCACAAUGGGCGUAACCCAUUACGACGUCUAUUUGGGCACCAAGAGCGUACAGGAUACUCAGGAAUUGGGUGGACUGGUUAUGCGUUCGAAUAAGUUUAUUGUGCACGAACACUUCAAUCCGGAGACGGCGGCAAAUGACAUAGCUCUGGUCAAAUUGCCCAUGGAUAUAGUGUUCACAUCACGCAUACAGCCUGCGACCUUACCCCGCAAUAGGCAUGAUCAUUUCACCGGAAUGAGUGUGGUUGCCAGUGGUUGGGGUGCCAUGGUCGAGAUGUCCAAUUCCGAUAACAUGCAAUAUACCGAAUUGAAAGUUAUAUCCAAUAUGGAAUGUUCUGAGGAAUAUGAUGUUGUCACGGCCGGUGUUAUGUGUGCCAAGGGACUGAAAGAUGAGACUGUCUGCACCGGAGAUUCCGGUGGUCCAUUGGUAUUGAAAGGUAGCCAAAUGGUUGUUGGCAUCACAAGUUUUGGUCCUGCCGAUGGUUGUGAGACAAAUAUUCCUGGUGGUUUCACUCGAGUUACACACUAUUUGGAUUGGAUUGAUAGGCAAAUUGGUGCCCCUCAACAACAACAUCAUCAUCAUCAUCAUCAAUAUCGCGAUGACAAUCUGAUCUAAGAAAUUCAAUUUGAGAAAUCUCUUGGACUGAAGAAAAUCUCUUUAUAUAGCUUUACAAAACAAACAAUUCUCUAAAGAUCUUGUGAUAUUAUUUUC